UCAUUAAGCUAGAUCUUUCCAAGAGGCUGGGAUGCCAGGAGGUUUAGUAUAAAUAUCUCAGAAAACAUUCUGUUUUUUAGAAGAUUAAGUAGUGAUUAAAGGGGUCAGUGCUUUCAUUUAGGCUCUGACUUAAGUCUCAGUAAUAAAGCCAUUUUAUGCUGAUGAUGGUUCUGCACACUGCAAGAGAUUUUAAUUAUAUGUUAAUGAUACAUACAUGGCCUGAUAAUUACAACAUCUGUAUCUGAGUCCAUGUACUUGCAAAGCAAGUUAUUACUGAUGUUGAAAUGUUUGAAUUGAAAAUUAGCUUCACUUAGUUGAGGUAAUCAUAUCACCUAAGUUGGUUCUCAGUCUAUACUUGCUCUGCUCACUAUUCAGCACUUAAGAAAAAUUUUAAUCUUAGCACAGUGAAGAAUCCGAAAAGAAGACGAUGAUGGCUUUCAAAGCUCUCUGUGUGGGGUUGUUCUGUGUCUUGCUUGUCACUUGUAUUUACACGCCUGUACCAGACAACAUUGAAGAAAGCUGGAAAGUAACAGCCUUGGAUCUAGCUGUUAAAACUUGCUCAUUCGUGGCUAUGUGCUUUGAAAAUAUAGGUAUCAUGAAAUACGAAGAGUUUAUUUCCAUAAUCUUCAGGCUGGAUUAUACUCUACCACGUUCAGAUGAAUAUAUUACAGUGACUGAUACAGCAUUUGUUGAUGUUCCAGUACGUUUAUACUUGCCAAAGAGGAAGUCAGAGACCCCAAGAAGAGCUGUGAUCUAUAUUCAUGGUGGUGCUUUUUGUUUUGGAAGUUUCAAGCAGACGUCUUCUGACCUUCUGAACAGAUGGACUGCAAACAGACUUGAUGCUGUCGUCAUAGGAUUGGACUAUAGACUAACUCCUCAACACCACUUUCCUGCUCAGUUUGAAGAUAGCAUCACUGUAGUGAAGUUUUUUCUCCAGGAUAAAAUUCUUAGGAAAUAUGGAGUGGAUCCCACCCGAGUAUGUAUUUCAGGAGACAGUUCCGGGGGAACUUUAGCUGCAGCGGUGACGCAACAGGUGCAGAAUGAUCCUGAAAUAAAACAUAAAAUCAAAAUGCAAGCUUUACUUUACCCCGCCUUGCAGGUCAUUGAUUCUCGUUUGCCAUCUCACCGAGAAAAUGAGCAUGGUAUAGUUCUGACUAGGGAUAUAGCCAUAAAACUGGUGAGUUUAUAUUUCACCAAGGAUAAAGCCCUGCCCCAGGCAAUGAGAAGAAACCAACACAUGCCUCUGGAGUCAAGACCUCUAUUUCAGUUUGUCAACUGGAGUGUUCUUCUUCCUGAGAAGUAUAGAAAGGACUAUGUUUAUAAAGAACCAAUUCUUGGGAGAUCUAGCUUUUCCUUGCCAGCACUGAUGGAUUACAGAGCAUCCCCUUUGUUGGCCAAUGACUCCCAGUUACAGACUUUGCCGCAAACCUAUGUUCUCACCUGUCAGUAUGAUCUCUUAAGAGAUGACGGACUGAUGUAUGUUUCCAGGCUUAGAAGUGUUGGAGUUCAAGUUGCUCAUGACCAUAUCGAGGAUGGAAUCCAUGCGGCUUUAUCAUUCAUGACGUCACCAUUUUACUUACAGGUCGGUCUUAGGAUAAAAGAUAUGUAUAUCAAUUGGCUGAAUAAGAAUUUGUAAAUAUGUAAAAUAUGUAAUGUAUAUGUACAGCGCUCCUGUAGUGGGUUGUAAUAUGUAGUAUUUGGCAAAAACGAUGACAUUUGUGUUGUUUAAAUCUAUAUUUCAAUUCUUUGUAACAGUGAUCAUGUGUACUUGCAUUUUCAAUUUUCUUACUUGUAGACCUUGAUUGUGUAAGAUGUAUGUAAUCUUGUCUAUUUUUCCUUUAAUUAUAAUGUAUUAUAAUUAUGUCAGUCUUAACAGAGACCAGCCAUUAUUAAGAUUGAGAAACAAAAAUGGUUAUUGACAAAUUAAGGACAAUCAUUUCCAAAUAGCUACAGAAAUUGUAGUAGUGUUGGGGGGGAGAGAUAAAAACAAAGGGGAAAAAAAUCUUGCUAAAUAUAUGUGGAAACCAUUGAA